UAUCACUUACACCGACAUAAGAGAAUGUCAGUAACAUAUAUAUCACAUACCAGCUGACUAGCCGACUGGAUAUCAUUUGCCACGUAUCACCUGAGUAGAGCCGAACUAACUAUAUUGCUGAUCAGCGUGGGACAUGAUGAAGAAGGCUGCCAUUAUGUGUUUCCGCCACGCUGUUGAUUGACAGGAGGAUGUGUCAGCUUGUGCACACAGUACUCCACUAGGAGCAACGCAUUGAAAUAUAUUCAGUUAACGCCGUUUAAAACGCAACGAUCUGAGCACCAACAUCACCAAGAUUACUUGAUUUACCACAUAAUAUAUUGCAUGGGGAUUACAUAACAUGGUCGUGACGAUCGUACCUACUUCUACAGUGCCUACGAGUGUGUCUACAAGUGUGCCUUUAAGUGCUUUCCAGGAAUUACGUGUCGUUUCCUAACACUGUGUCAUCUGCAAUGGAUUUCACGAGUUACUGAAUCAAUUUCUUAAAGUGACGUCAUUGGAUAACGGUUAACAUUCAUCGCCUGGAUACAUUCAAUUCAUGAUUUUUUAAUUGGUUUCAUCUUAACUUAUCAAAAUUGAUACUAUCUUCGAUUCAACGUUGGAAAUAGAGGAGAACCGACGCGACCAUCCUUGUUCCAGAAUGGCGCGUAUAAGCAAGGAUACUGUUCUCCGGAUUGUGGGCCUCGUGGUCGGGUGUAUCGGGAUGGGUGUGGCGGGGUCGGUGUUCGCCUUCAACGCCUACGCCAAUGCCAUCAAGAAGUCCUUCAACUACACCCAGUCAGAGGUGGAGCUUCUCGCCUCAAUGGGAAAUAUCGGAACAUCCCUUGGUUUCCCGGCCGGCAUCAUGUUCGAGAGAUUUGGAUCACGGCGGACGGCGUUCGCGGCUCUCAUCAUCUCCGCGUUAGGCGGCUUCCUGCUGUACAGCACGACACUGCAGAAGACGUUCUAUGCAGGGAAGGCAUAUCUGCAGUACAUCUACUUUUUGCUGUUCGGUCUUGGGGCCAUCUUCACCUACAUGGUAUCAAUGAUGGCCAAUGUAAGCAACUUCCAUGCCAAACAUCGAGGCAAAGUCAUCGGUGUUCUGGACGCCUCCUUCAGCGGCGGACCUGCCCUCGUGGCGCUCAUCUAUGGCACGCUCUUCGUCAACGGCCACGACCACAACGACGAGGAUAAACAAAACCUGUCAGGGUUUUACCUCCUUAACUCAUUUCUGUUUGUUGCUGCUAACAUUUUGGGCAUCUUCUUCCUCGUCAUCCGCGUCCUUCCAGAAGAUGAGGAGAACAAGUCUCUGGUAUCCAGUGAGGAGAUUCCUGAUGAACUAAAGCCCAAGAAAAUCAACCCCGAACUACCCCAAGACAUAACAGGAAGGAAACUCCUGUUUAACUUUGAUUUUCAUUUCCUGACCUGGUCCUUCUGGAUGUGCGCGUGUCUUCAGUUGAUGUUUCAAACCAACAUUACGACAUACCUAAAAUCCUUCCAUUUGGAACGGUACAGCACAUUAUUAACAACUCUCAACUUUGUCGCUGGUACCGUAGCCAAAAUCGCCUUCGGGUUCGGAUCGGAUUUAAUUGUGCAUAAAGUUCCACGGGCAGUGGUCAUCUUGACAGCGACCGCUGUCCAGACAGCGGUUCUGACCGUCACCAUAUUCCAUGCCGGCAGUUUUCCUAUUCUAUUCAUAGCGGUUCUUGGAGUUGGGAUCCCGAACGGCGCGACCUGGUGCCUCACGCCUACCAUGACUAGUGAAUUCUUUGGCAUUAAGUAUUUUGCUAGGAACUGGGGUGCAAUGAUGAUUGGCAAUGCGGCAGUGGGCUUGCUGCUUCAGAAGGUGUUUGGCGUCAUCUAUGAUAACGCCAUACCAGUAAAAGGAGAAACGAAUUGCUAUGGACAGAGCUGCUUCCGGUGGAGUUUUGUCAUGGCAGCAGUUCUAAGUUUGUGUUCUGUGAUUUUUUAUGCAGGUUUGCUUGAGAGAAGGUGGAGGUAUCGUAAAUUUAUUCGUGAAAUGGAACAAAAACAAAUUAAUUCCAAUGAAUCUAAACGUGAAAUAUCGUAAGAAUGGCGACGGUAAUGCCUUGUGGCCAAAGCUUUGUCUUUAUUGUGGGAAUCAAAUGGCAAUUGAGACGGUGUUAUUACCAGUGACAUUGUUGCUUUCAUCAUUGCUGAAAAUAUUGCAGACAUGACACUUUUUUAAAACAACUGAUUGUAUUGCUUGAAAAUAUCAUAACAUUGAUCCACCAUAAGGUUAGUUCGAAAUUGAUAGUCACAUUACUAUAUAACGAAUUUCAUGGGGCCAAUUGUUUUUUAAUAUCGUUUUCGUCCAAAAGCGGCUUGACCAAGAGAUAUCGCUGCUAUGAAAUGGCAAAAUCAUUUGAAGUUCGUUGUGACGCUAUCUGUUACCAUGACGUCACAAUCAAAUGACAUCACUAAUCCCUCCGCAUCGAACCAGGUUAGCUCUGCAUUUUACACUCUGGGUCUAGAUUUUCAAAACCAUCUUAGUUACGAUUAAUCUUUUCAACUUACAUUCUUAAGUUUAAGAUGAGAUACAUUUUCGGAACUUUCUUAUAUAUGUUAGUUACGAUACCUGUCGUAACUCUGACAGAGAACUCUUUUGUGUUAGAGAGUGAAAAAGUGGGGUGUUUCCCGGCGACGUCACUUGGAUUUCCCAGCUACUGACAAUAACAAUAAAAUGGAGAAGUGACACGGAAUUCAUGAUCACAUUAUCAGGUAACCUUGUUUAACAUACAACUAUUUGACAGACAUUCCGUACAAUCCUACAUAUGUCCUACUUGUAGACGUUUUGUUCGUAUGAUAAAACAUGCCAUGACUACCCGAACACAAAUAGCAUUCGUGUGCCAUGCAAGGACAUUUUUCAAACCAAAUAGUUGUUACAAUCAAUAAGUGUAGUGUAACCACACUAUUGCUAUUAGAAUUGAAAUAAUAUACUUCGCUAUAUAUAUCCGUCAUAUGGUCAUCUAGCGAGCGCGCAGAACGUUAUAUAAACACAUCGCGUACGAAGUCAAGGACGAAAGUAAGGGACGUUAUUCUAAAUGACAAUGGCGAUACCUUUGAUCGAACAGCAGGCGUUCAGCCUUUAAGAUGAGUGUUCAAGUCUGAUGUUACGUGAUGUAUGCUGAGUCAGUUUGACAAUACUGCUUUGUAUGCGUUUAUGUCAAAAGUCAAGUUUAUAGUGAAAACACUACAAUUAUACCGGGAAACACAGGGCUUGUAACUUGUAACAGGGGCCAAAAAUAGCAGCUACGCGCGAUAUAUGAUCUGAUUGGCUAUAAAUAUUGUUUUUUUCUGCUAAAUGAAUGGCGCGACUUUUGUCAGUGCGGGUAUGUCAAGGCCAACGGCUUGAAAUGAGUGUAUAGUUUUAUAGGGGUAUUUACAUUGUGGAAUUUGUCCUUGAAUAAACUUAGUGAGUUGUCCUCGUUCCAUCCCUUUCCUUUUAUAUAGUAUACUGACACUGAGUGUGACCAUAUAUCUUGUAGCUGCUAUUUGUUGCGUUACAAGCCCCUCUGCCUGGAACACUCAAAACAAGGGCACCCACGAGCGAGUUAUAAUGACAAUGUAAACUUUGUUAAGUUUGUUUUGUUAUUUAUAUAUCCAAUAUAUUUCACGAAUAAACAAAGGACUCAAAUACAA